UGAGUCGCCCCUUGGCACGCCAUGGAGCGUGCGAGCGUUCAGGCGUCAGUCACCGUUCGUCAAUAAAACGGGAGGCUGUGCGCUCUGCCGGUCUGUCCCAGAGCGAUGGAGGCGAAAGGCAAUGGGAGUGCAGAGGCUGACAAAGCCGAUUUCCAGGCGAGGGUGCAGGGGAUGUUGGAGAAAGCGAAGCAGCUGAAGCCCGAGGAGCUGGUGUUCCGCUACAAAGGUGUUCUCUACCCCUCGGUGCUGAGCUCAGCCCAAACACUGCAGGCUCUGGGCAACUUCCAGGCUCGUCCCGAAGACCUGGUGAUCUCUUCCUACCCCAAAUGCGGAUUUAAUUGGGUCUAUCUCCUACUUUGCGAUAUUGCUUCUGUCAAUCAAACUGAAUCCAAAGACGGGAAACCUGGAGUUCAAAAUAAAGUCAAGUUAUUGGAAUUUGAAAAUGCUGUGAGAUAUGAGAUGAUGAAAAGUUUUCAGUCUCCUCGUAUUUAUGGAUCGCACAAUCAUUACAACAAUCUACCACCGUCUAUAAAUGAGAAGAAAACAAAGAUACUGGUUGUAUUUCGCAAUCCCAAAGACAAUGCAGUGUCCUACUAUCACUUCUGUCAGAAUAAUCCUUUACUGCCCACUUUUUCAUCUUGGGAUGAGUUCUUCAGAAAGUACAUGACUGGGGAAGUUUGUUGGGGCUCCUACUUUGAUCAUGCUGCUGUGUGGGAGAAACAUUUUGAUGAUGAGAAUGUGAAGAUUAUCACAUAUGAAGAGCUGAAAGAGAACUUGGCGAAAGGGGUGCAGUCGAUAGCAGAGUUCUUCGGCCAGUCUCUGAGUGAGGAACAGAUUCAAAAGAUUGCUGGCAGAGGUACCUUCCAGGCCAUGAGUGACAACGCCCAGAAAACUCACUCCAGCUUUGGCAAGGUUAUCUUCCGAAAGGGUGUGGUUGGAGACUGGAAAACCCUUUUCACUAAAGAGCAGAGUGAAGAGAUGGAUGCAAAGUUUGAAGCAUGUUUAGCAGGAACAAAAAUAGGAGCAAUGUUGAAGUAUGACCUCUACUGUAAGGAGUAAUUAACAACACUGAAUAUUGUGACAGACAAGGAAUACAUUCUGUUUGGAAAAGACAAGUGUUCAAAACUGUGAAUUUAAAUGUCCAAAGCCCUCAAUUUAAAAACAGAAAAUGCAAAAAUAAACAGCAGAUCACCAGACAAUGACAGCUAAAUGCUAUAGCUUCAGAGCUAGACCUCUUGUGGCUUUGUAAUUCUGGGACCAUAAGAUUUAACAUUUCAAGCCCUCAGCUGCUUUCACCCCACAUACCUUCCCUGUCUCCGCAGUGCUGACCAGUACCAAUCCUCCACUUCACCUCAGCAGAAACCAAUCCAGCCCAAACACUCUCUCAAUUCAUCAAAGCUGAAUAUUGCCUGAAGUGUACUGUAUUAGCGCAGCCUCACAAACUCUGCAAUGCUGGAACUUCAACGUGUCAUACCCAGGACAAGGACGAUUAUAGGUCAGCUCAGUAAGGUUUGUUGUUAGCUGUAAACAGGCAAGCAGAGCAGUUGUCACUACCUCAACUCAACAGGAUGGAGGUCACAAUGAUUGUCCCUUCACCAUAGUUUCAUCGAUGGAACAGUAGGGCUAGAGAAGGAGAUGAAAUACUCCCAUAAAUGAAACAGACACACUUUAAAUUGUAUUAAAAUAUCAGAAGAUGCUACGCAUAUCUUGAGCACAUUUUUAAAAUAGUUCUGCUUAAUAAUAUAAUAAGCACUGCAGACACAUUUCACAGUUUCAUGAUUCAUUUGGCUAAAUAACUUUUUUCCCACACACCUGCUCUGAAGACCCACUGCCAACAUUCCAAAAGUGCUGGAUUUUGAAAGUUAGAAUGAACUACCACUUCACUAACAAGUGAUAAAAUAUAGAGAAGGGAAACCGUAACUUUUUCUUGAGGAAUUUUGUCUUCAGAUUUGCUGUUAAUUUGUAAAAUUCUGAAUUCUUCAGUCUUUGUUUUAAAAUACAUUCCAAACAAUGAGAAUUCUAACAUCGAAAAAUAAAAUGAGUUACUUUGGA